AUGAUGAACCAGACACUAAUGAUGGAAUUCUUGCUAAUAAGAUUUGCUGAUAAUUGGAUGCUGUUGAAGCUGCAUGCUGUGCUCUUCUCACUCAUCUACACAGUGGCUGUGUUGGAAAAUUUAAUCAUCCUCAUCCUCACAGUUGUUGACCAAUGCCUCCAUACCCCAAUGUACUUUUUCCUUAGGCAUUUGUCCUUCUUAGAUCUGUGUCUCAUUUCUGCCACAGUCCCCAAAUCCAUCCUCAACUCCAUCACCUUCACUGACUCCAUCUCUUUCCUGGUAUGUGUGUUUCAGCUCUUCUUGGUGGUACUGUUGGCAGGGUCAGAGAUUGGCAUCCUCACUGCAAUGUCCUAUGACCACUAUGUUGCUAUCUGCCAUCCUCUGCACUACGAAGCUGUCAUGAGCAGAGGGUCCUGUGUCCAGUUGAUGGCUGUGUCCUGGCUCAGCGGAGGGGUCUUGGGAAUCUUGUACUCAGCUGGUACAUUCUCCCUGAAUUUUUGUGGCUCCAAUAAGAUAUAUCGGUUCUUCUGUGAUGUUCCUGCCAUACUAAAGCUCACUUGUUCUAAAGAGCAUGCCACCAUCAAUGUCAGUGUGGCCGUUGGGGUCUGUUAUGCAUUUUCAUGUCUAGUUUGCAUCACAGUCUCCUAUGUGUAUAUUUUCUCCACUGUGUUAAAGAAGCUAUCUGGACCUAGCCAAUUCAAAGCCUUUUCCACUUGCGUUCCUCACUUCAUUGUUGUGAGCACAUUUCUUGUUACAGGUGGCGUUGCUUAUUUAAAGCUGGGCUCUGAUGUGAGCUCUAUUCUAGACUUGGUGAUGUCUGUGUUCUAUUCUGUUGCACCUCCGGCCUUGAACCCUGUUAUCUACUGUCUGAGGAACAAGGUUAAAUCAGUUCUACGUAAAGUCCUUUAUAAUUUGAAGUCAAGUAAAAAUCCUCCGAAGCACGCGGCGGCCACCCUCACGCGCACAGACGCCCUGGUUACCGAUGACGUCACAGGGCAGCGGGCCGCAGAGGGCAACGCAGCGCUCACAGAGCGUGGCAGUGAGGACGAGUCGCUCAGACCCCGCAAAGGCCCCAAAGAUACUCCCCAGGAACCAAGAGACGGUUACCACCUGCACACAGACUCCCCUGAUCAUGAUGACAGCAUAGUGCAGCGGGUGAGAGAUGGCCACAGAGCAGUCAUAGGACAUGGCCGUGAGGAUGCAAAGCUCAGCGGCGGCAAAGUGGUGGUACAAGUCCGCCAGCUCCUGGAUGAAGGUCGCCAGCUCGUCCUGGGCCACGCUCAGGUGCCCCGUGUCUCACUGGCAACGUGGCUCGCCUUCCUCAGCACCUUCCCACUCCGGGCAGCCGCUGGCAUCCUGGCGGCGUCUGCAGCGGGGAGGCCUUGCCUGGUGGGCGCUGGCUCCUGCUUGGACCGGCCGGUCCCGCACCUUGUGAGCGCUGCGCAGAGACCUCAGCUGUGGCUGCGGGGGCACAGCUGUCUCGGCCACAGCCACGUGGUGCUUGCAGGUGAGUGUCUCUCAGCUGUGGAUGUUGCCAUCCUCAUGGCCGUCGCGGUCCUUCCGCCGGGACGGGGAGCAGGUUCGCAGGGCGCUGCGGUUCCCGGGGAGGCAGCACCUGCCGCGCGGCGCCCACGGAGACCCUGGCGCUGCUGCAGCUGCUUCCGGUGUCCUGCAGCAUCGCGGGCAGCCCGGGCUUCCCGACCCCCGCAUCGGCUGUGGCUUCAGCCUCUGGAGCCCCGGGACUGGAGCUCGCCAAGCACCGGACACUAG